AUGUCAUAUUCAGACUCGUUAGAUAAAGCUAGUCGUAUUAUAAAGAAAGAAUCCAGCAGUAUUCAAAAAACUGUAACCCAUAGGAAUUUAAUGGGGGCUUUGAAACAUUGUUCUGUGAUGUUGACAGAAUUAAGAAACCCAAACCUAUUACCAAAACAAUAUUACGAGUUAUAUAUAAUGAUAUAUGAUACUCUAUCGAUAUUAUUGCCCUAUCUAGUGGAAAAUCAUCAGAAAAGACAUCAUUUGGCAGAUUUAUAUGAAUUGGUACAAUAUGCUGGUAAUAUUGUACCAAGAUUGUACUUGAUGAUAACUGUGGGAACUGCAUAUUUGAAAUGCGAUGAUGCUCCUGGUGAAGAAUUAUGUAAAGAUAUGAUAGAGAUGUGUCGUGGGAUACAAAAUCCUAUACGAGGUCUCUUUUUGCGUUAUUAUUUGUCUCAAAGAACCAAGGGAAUCUUACCGACACCUGAUAAUUCUAUCGAUUUUAGUUGUCAUUUCAUUAUUACCAAUUUUGUAGAGAUGAAUAAAUUAUGGGUUAGAUUACAACAUCAGGGUCCAUUGAAAGAAAGAAAUAAGAGAUCCAAAGAGAGGAAAGAAUUACAAAUUUUGAUUGGUACUCAAUUGGUAAGAUUAUCACAUAUCAUUGGAGAUGAUAAUUUGACUCUAUAUAAAGAUAAAUUCUUACCCUUGAUUCUAGAUCAAAUUGUACAGUGUAGAGAUGUGAUUUCUCAAGAAUAUCUCUUGGAUGUCAUUUGUCAAGUUUUCCCAGAUAAUUAUCAUUUAAAUACGUUGGAUAUGUUAUUAGAUACAACUUUACAAUUAAAUCCAGAUGUUGCCAUUCAUACAGUAGUAUUAAGUUUUGUCAACAGACUUAAUGGAUACAUGGAUAGAUGUGAAGCUGCUCACUCCCAAGAGAAUAAUAAAAAAGAUGAUUCAUUCGCUUAUAAGAAAAAUAGUAUUAAUGUGUUUCAAAUAUUUUGGAAUUAUCUGUCGUAUUUGAAUGAGGAAAGACCAGACUUCACUUUAAAUCAAAUCAUACCUUUGGUAGAGAGUAUAUUAGAAUUAUCUUUACGUUGGUAUCCUAAAAAUUUACAAAAUUUAAAUGCUUUAUAUAGUUUUACAGUGGAAAAAUGUAAUGAUUUUGGUCCAAAUUUAAUUUCAGAAAAGGAAAAUGAAGUUUUAUUUUUAAAUUUAUUAACUUUGUUAGAUAUAUCUGAACAAUUAAUUACUACAUCAAAACAAAAAUUCUUUUAUUUAUUAAUUACUCACUGUGAGUCUUAUCGUCAUCUUUUAUCAUUACAAUCGACAAAUAUUCAAAUUAAAGUAGCAGAAACAUUAUUAGACAUUUUCAUUAAUUUCAAUCCCAUAGACAUUAAUCCAAUAGAGUUGAAAGAUGAUUUAAAGCAUGCACUUAUAGAUUCAAGAUCAAAUUUCAUCUAUUUGGAAUCUACUCAACAUCUAGAUAAUUUAUUAACUAUUUUCAUUCCAAUUUUAAAUCUAGGAAAUUCUAAAAAUUUGAAAUUAAAAUCUUCAUCAUUAGAUAAACAAUUGAUUGGUGAUAGAGAUAGAAAUGGUUCAGAAAUUGUUCAUACCAUAUCCGGUUCAGAAGAACAAAAAAAACUAUUAAACGAAAUUCAUUCACAAUCUCAUCAUUUCCAUCGUCAAGAAAAUGAUUCCAUACUUGAUAUAGAUCAUGAAUUACCUUUAAAUCCUUUACAAGAAAAGAUUGCAAAAUUUUCUCAUGUAUUAAUGUUCAUUAUAAAUUCAAGUAUUCAAAAAGAUAAAAUUAUUGAAUUUAGAAAUAAUACUGAUAAUCAUUAUAAAGAUAACGAAGUUAUAAUCAUAAAAUUAUUGGAAAAGGAAAUCAAAUGUUUAUUAAUUUUAAAAAAUUGGUACUUAAAGGGUAAUAAAAAUAUUCAAUUUACUUUCCCAUCAGUUAUAACUCAAUUUUGGAAAAUUAUUAGAAAGUCAUAUAUUUUGAAAAAACAAAAUUUGUUAAUUGAAAAAUUCGAUUAUAUUGCUAAAUUAUGUUUUAAACAUGUUUCUCGUUGUAUUAAUGAGUUAUUCAAUUUAUGUGGAUCUAAAAUGAAUGAUUCAGUUUAUAAAUUUUAUUUGACAAGUGCAUCGUUAGCUGAUCAAUUAUUUUUAACUGAAGUUUCAUAUGAUUUUUUUUCGCAAGCAUUUACAAUUUUUGAAGAUUCUUUAAGUGAUUCAAAGACCCAAUUCCAAGCUCUAAUAUUUAUGUGUCAAACUUUACAAAAGACAAGGUCUUUAUAUGUAGACUCUUAUUAUGAACAAUUGAUUGUAAGAUGUACUUUACAUGCUUCAAAAUUAUUGAAAAAACAGGACCAAUGCCGAGCAGUAUAUUUAUGUUCACAUUUAUGGUGGGCCACAGAAAUUGCAUAUUUAGGUGAAGAAGAUGAUGAAGAUGAUGAACUUAAUAAAGAUGAUAAAAAAUUGCAAAAGCAUGAUGAAUUAUAUCAUGAAGGUAAAAGAGUUCUAGAAUGUUUACAAAAAUCUCUAAGAACUGCGGAUUCUAUUAUUGAUAAUAUUCAAAGUUGUGAAUUAAUGAUUGAAAUAUUAAAUAGAUGCUUAUAUUAUUUCAUUCAUGAUCAAGAAUAUGAUACCCAUGUUACAGUAAAAUAUAUUAAUGGAUUAAUAGAAUUAAUUAAAAUUAAUUUAAAGACGAUGAAAAAUGAAGAAGAAAUUGAAGAGGGAACUUCUAAUAACUCAAAAUCAAGUAUAAAUGAUAAUAAUCAAAACAACAACGGCAACGCAAGUAAUAGUGUCACUAGUGCAUUAUUUGGGAUUGAAGAAACCUUUAAUUCCUUACAAUUACAAGAUCCUGAGAAUAAAGAUAAAAAUCUUGUUGUAAUGGGACUAGAUGGUACAUUUAUAUCAUUUUUGAAAAUAAAACUGGCGUUUCAAUGGAAGAAAUGA